CAGUAUUUCUGCAUCCGCCUUCCAGCCCCAGUAUCCUCAUCGUUUCUUGCUACGAGCCCAUCCUCGGAGGCCUACUUAGGUAGGGUUUCUCCCACCACCACGGUGUAAUCGCAGCAUUGGAAGUCUUCUAGCGUUUUCUUGCAUCCAGAGCUCUCAAUCACCGCAACACUCGUCCCUCGUCGUCCCUCGCAGCUCUCGACCCUCAGAGCACUCGGCCCAUCCUUGCUUUCGCUUUCUUCCCAGCGUAGCUUUUCUUGCCUCGCCGCCAUGUCCUGCUCGAGCUGCAGGCUCAAAUGGCUCGCAGCGGGCCUGGGCCUCGCUAUAGCUCUACUCGCCGCUUGUCACGCCGUCGACAAUUACUUCGUUAUAAGGCACCCCUCUGUCUGCUCAGCCGCUCUUAACCUAGCGGCAUGCGCGGAGGAGAUUCGAGUAGUCAGGCGGUCGCUUGGGGUAUUCCCAAGGCCGCUUACCGCAACGACCGGAGCCAUGGUCGCCUCUCUAUCCGCGCGAGCGCAGGCGAUCCAAACCUUCGCACAGGAGAUCCGGCGGCUGAACGUCGCCAACAAUCGCAUGACGAACGUCGUCGCAGGCGACUGCGUGCGACAGACCGACUCGGCGCUGUACCACCUGAACAAGGCGUCGGCGGCGGUGGCGGCCAGCAGCAACGCGGUCGACCUGCCGUACUGGCUGGCGGCGGCGAGACGGCAGAUGAGUAACUGCCUCGACGGCUUCCAGGAAUUCGCGCCCUCGGCUCUCAACACGCCCUCCGGCGUCAUGCUCAACUCCCUCAUCCAUCGCACGGCAUCCACCUACGACGCCGCCGUCGCGCUGGCGACAAACGGCGCGCAGGCGGCGAUGACGCACGUCGCACGUGGCCGCCAGACGCUCGAGCACGUGGACGACACGCCCGAGUCGGACGGACGGCCCACGUGGAUCGAGGCAGGGCUGUACGAGCAGAUUAAGGAGCUCCAAGCGCAUCUGGCGGGGGAUGCGGCGGGCGCGCAAACGUGGGCGGAACGUGGACGGCGCGCCUUGGAACGGAGCGAGACGGAAAAGCUGACGGAAAAUCCCCGCCGUCAGCUGCAGAGCUCGACCUCCAAGGCGGCUUCCAAGUUAAAGCCUGACGCGGUGGUGGGCAGCGGGGGGAAGUACAAGAAGAUCAAAGACGCGUUAAAGGCUGCCCCCUCUAAAGGCCGGUUCGUUAUACUGAUCAAGGCGGGAACAUACAAGGAGAAACUGAGUAUCGACAAGGAGGGCGUCAUUCUGAUAGGCGAGGGCAGCGAUAAGACCAUCAUCACCGGCAAGGACAGCGUCGCUGGCGGCUCGUCCACAUACGGCUCUGCUACAGUCACCGCCAAUAAAGAUGGCUUCAUGGCCGUUGGAAUCCGCAUCGAGAACGCCGCCGGCCCCCAAGGGGAUCAGGCCGUGGCGCUCAUGGUGAGCGGCGACCGGUCGGCCAUCUACGACUGCGCGAUCACGGGGUACCAGGACACGCUCUGCACCGACGCCGGGCGGCAGUACUACAAGAACUGUUACAUCUCGGGCUACACGGAUUUCAUCUUCGGCGAUGCUGCUGCUCUCAUUGACUCGGCGACGAUUUAUUUGCGGGCGGGGAAGAAAAAGGUGCAGAUCACGGCGUCGGGGCGCGAGAGCAAGACGCCCACGGGGAUUGUGAUUCGCUGGAGCCAGGUCCAAUCGGAGAGCGGCGUGCGGCUGGCGUAUCUGGGCCGUCCGUGGAAGGACUGCGCGCGCGUGGUGUACGUCGAAACGAACCUCCCCAAGGAGAUUCAGCCGGACGGGUGGAGCACGUGGAAUGGCGGGAAGCCCGGCAGCUGCCACUACUACGCGGAGAAGGGGAGCACCGGGCCGGGCGCGGCGAGCAAGCGGGUGUCGUGGGCCAAGCCGGGGAUUAUCUCGGACGCGAAGCAGUUUGGCCCGCAGGCGUUCCUGGAGCUGAGCAAGUGGCUGAACGUCGUAGAUGGUAUUUUGAAGUAGGUCUAUGGGGGCGAAGGUAUACCCUCCUGUACAGGGCCCGCCCUCUCCAACCAGCCAACAGAUAAUGUUUGGCAUCACGGUUUGCCUUGCUGGCGUCUCACAUCUGCCCUCCCUCCCUACCAUUCCAAGCUCGUAUCAAGCCAUUUCUCGUGGCAAGGCCUUGCCAAUCUUCGCUGCAGUCAGAUUCAGGGUACACGGCGUUGUGCUUAGCUGUUAGUCAGAUACAGGCAUCUAACUUGUAUGAUGAUAUUUGCAUGAUGGAAAUAAAUAUAUUUCUGAUAAGUAG